AUGCAUCCAAAACUCAACCAGAGAUAUUUUCUCCUCCUCAUAAUCCUCGUUUUAAUCCUUUACGUCCCGGGUUCCUUGUGUCAAAAUGGAAGGGAAUAUGCAACCUGUGGUGCUCCAUAUCGAUGUGGCGACAUCCAAAACGUAACUUAUCCUUUCUGGGGAGGGAGUAGGCCGGAAUAUUGCGGUUUUUCAGGCUUCCAGUUGACUUGCCAAGGCGGUGUCGCGUUCCUUAAUAUCUUGUCAAUCCGAUACCGUGUCCUGGAAAUCAAUAACACCGCACGGACUCUCAAGGUUGCUAGAGAGGAUUUAUGGACCACCGCUUGUCCCAGAUUUCUUUAUAACACAACCCUGGAUUUAAACCUCUUUACGCCUUCUCCUGGUUACAGGAACAUUACUCUAUACUACGGUUGCUCCCUUAACGGACAGCCUACACAGCUCCUUGGCCAGUUCAGUUGCAACGUGAAUGGCACCAAUACUACCAGUUUCUACGUGAUAGAGGAAGUUCCUACCUCUGGGAAUACUAUCAGAUGUGACGAUAGUAUAUAUGUUCCCAUCAAUCAGACUUAUCAGAGUUUGCUUGCACUUCCAACUACCUCUGUUGCUCGUCUUCUUCAGGAUGCUUUCGUCAGUGGGUUCUUGUUGCAGUGGGAGGCGAAUAAUAGCAUUUGCCAGAAUUGCGUCGGGUCAGGUGGGCUGUGCGGGACUAAUCGGGAUGGCUCAUUUGCUUGUUAUUGUGCUAAUAGAACUUCUGCAUUAACUUGCAACGAUGCUCCAACUGGGAACGGACCGAACGGCAGUGGUAAUUCAGACAAAACGGGAAUGAGUGUUGGCCUUUCCAUAGGUGGUGCAGUUCUUGCUGGUGUUGGCUUAGGUUGGUUAAUUUUCCACUACAGACAGAAGAAAAAACAACGGCUUGCUGCACAACCUACCGAAACUGUGAGCAAGGACCUUCCACCACCAAGCAAGAGCAUCUCGACUCCUCCAUCAACUACUUUUACCAAAAGCAUCCCCUCUUAUCCCUCUUCAAAAUCUGACUUUGGUAGGGCUAGCUCCUACUUCGGUGUGCAGGUCUUCAGCUAUAAUGAACUUGAUGAAGCUACCAAUAAUUUUGAUCCUUCUAGAGAACUAGGAGAUGGUGGCUUUGGCACAGUAUACUAUGCGGUGCUAACUGAUGGCCGUGUAGUUGCUGUCAAGCGCUUGUACGAGAACAAUUUUAAGCGUGUAGAGCAGUUCAUGAAUGAAGUUGAGAUCCUGACUCGGUUGAGGCACCAGAACCUUGUGACGUUCUUUGGAGUGGUUUUGAUUGAACUUAUAUCAUCAUUACAAGCUGUGGAUACCAACCGACAACGUCAUGAUGUUAACUUAGCUAACAUGGCGGUCAACAAGAUUCAAAAUCAAACAUUGCAUGAGUUAAUCGAUUCGAGUCUUGGAUUUGAGACGAACAAUGUCGUGAGAAGGAUGGCUACAUUAGUCGCAGAGUUAGCUUUUCGGUGUUUGCAACAGGAAAGGGAUAUGAGGCCUUCAAUGGAAGAAGUGCUGAAGGUCUUGAGAGGAAUCCAGAAUGGAGACUUGAAUGCUCACGAGGCAGAGGUUGUUGACAUUUUGAUAGACGACAAUGUUGGACUGUUGAAGGGUAGCGUUGCUCCGUCCUCACCGGAUUCAGUUCACUGA